AUGCACGCAAUUCCAAUUACAGUAAAAAAGUAAAUUAGUCAAACCACAAACAAAAAAAAAACAAACAAACACAAAAAAAAACUAAAAAACAAACAAGAAAUAAACUAACAAAAAAAAUAAAUUAAACAAACAAACAAACAAAGCAGAUAAUUUAAUUAAACAAACAAAUUACAAAGAAAGAAAGAAUCAAACAAACAAACAAUAGCAAACAAGUUAAUACAUAAAAAAUCAAAUAAAAAAAGAGAGGCCAAGUAAAGUUACUUAUUCCUAAAUAUACACAAGCAUAAAUUUUAAUUAUUUUCUUUUAUUUUUCAUAUUUCUUAAUCUAUUUAUAUUAACUUGAUUUUUAAAUUCAUAAUUUAUUUAGGUGUUUCUUUCUUAAUGAAAUCUGUGCAAAAAAAGCAUUCUUUUCUUGAUAAAUACCCUUUCCCCAUUUCAAAAUUAAUAUCUCUCUAUUUAUCUAUCCCACCGCAUCAUCUUGUUUAUUUAUCUAUUUACUUAAAUAUUAAUUUGUAUUGUAUGUAAUCUUUCAUUCACUUUUUUGAAUAUUAUUGUUCAUUCUUUCCUCAAUCUAUUUAUCUAUCUCCAAAGCGCUAAUUUAUAUCACAUGUUUUUUUCUAAAUUAUUUUUAAAUAAUUCCAGAAUUAAAAAUAGAUAGAGUACCAUAUACAAUAUGAAUUUAUACUUAGACACAUAUCUUAAUCGAAAUAUACACUUUUAUGA